AGAGACAGGCAGCUGGAAACCCACAGCACAUGCUGCCCAUCAGAGAAGACCACAGCCCCAGUCAACUACUGUCACAGGAUGAACUCAAUGCAGAAGCAGGACUUCAGGAGGCCCAAGAUCCAUGGGGCGGUCCGGGUGAUCCCCUACCAGGCACCCACUUUGGCCUCACUGCAACGGCUGCUGUGGGUCCACCGGGCUACGAUGUUGACACACAUUGAUGAGGUCUGGCCCAAACUCUUCCUGGGAGAUGCGUACGCAGCCCGGGAUAAAAACAAGUUGUCCCAGCUGGGCAUCACCCAUAUCGUGAAUGCUGCUGCGGGCAAGUUUCAAGUGGAUACCGGUGCCAAGUUCUACAGAGGCAUGGCUUUGGAGUACUACGGCAUCCAGGCAGAAGACAACCCCUUCUUUGACCUCAGUAUCUACUUUUUGCCUGUUGCUCGAUAUAUCCAAACAGCCCUCAGUGUGCCCCAAGGCCGAGUGCUGGUUCACUGUGCCAUGGGGGUUAGUCGCUCCGCCACGCUGGUCCUGGCUUUCCUCAUGAUCUACGAGAAGAUGUCAUUGGUGGAGGCCAUCAAGGUGGUGCAGGCCCAUCGCGAUAUCUGCCCCAACACGGGCUUCCUCCGACAGCUCCAGCUUCUGGAUAACCAACUGUGGCGAGACACAGGGCGCCUUUGA